AUGGAGGAAAAAGAAGUAUCAGGAGACGAACUCCAACUCCAGCUGGAACCGGUGACUGCUGAAAACCUGAAAACUGUUCGAACCCUUGUCGCAAGCAUAUUUCCUGUUUCGUACAGCGACAAAUUCUAUCAGGAGUGUUUGGAAAACGACCUAGUCGGAGUAAUCGUCAAAAAUGGAGAAGCUAUUGCGAUUGUGGCCGUCAAGCCGGAAAAUUUUGAAUCUGGAUUAGUGCUAUACAUCAGAAGUUUUGGAGUACAUCCUCGAUAUCGAGAAUCUGGAAUCGGAUCAUUUCUGAUGAAUUUCGUCGAACAGAAAUGCAAAUCGCUGAAUCUUGUAAAUGCGAUGCUCCAUGUUCAGACUUCCAACAAAAAAGCGAUAAAGUUUUAUAAAAACCGAGGAUUCAUCAUAACGAGCACGGUGCCGAAGUACUACCAACGAUGUGAACCACCCGAUGCCUAUAUCAUGUGGAAAUCUAUUUUGUAA